UCCAAGUGCCAGUUCAAAGACAACUAAGCUUUGAUAGGUGCUCGACAGGAGCCAAGCUACCUCCUCUCUCAAAACUGCAUUCGCCCACGCCACUGCCUCCAAGCUGAACUUUGCUCCAGCAUCCAGCAUGUGCACAGCCUCUGACCCGCCUCACAAGCCUAUUGAGACAUUUGUUUUUAUGGACCUAGAAGCAACAGGGUUGUCACCAUCACAGCCUAAGAUUGCAGAAAUGUGCCUAAUUGCUGUGAAUAGGCAUGCUUUUGAAAAUCCUCAAUACAGCAGUUCUUCUCCCAGACCAGCUCCACUAUUCCCUCGUUUAGUGGAUAAACUCUGCAUCUGUAUUAAUCCAGACAAGCCCUUUACCCCAGGAGCAAGUUCCGUUACAGGACUGAAUAAUGAAGCGUUUGAUGAAAAUAAAAAGCAAAGCUUUAACGUACACAUUAUGCACAUGAUUACAGCUUUUUUCAGUCGGCAGUACCCGCCAAUCUGUUUAGUAGCACACAGUGGCUGUACUUAUGAUUUUCCUCUGUUGAAAGCCGAAUUAUCUGCACUGGGUGUCUCAGUUCUUGAUGAAAUCUAUUGUGCAGAUACCAUUAAAGCCAUGAAAGCAUUGGACAAAGAAAAUAACCAGCUCCACCAGUUUAUAUACCAUCCUAGCCCAUUUGGCCGCAAGAAAAAUUACAAGCUUCAUGAUUUAUACUUUAAGUUCUACAAAGUAUAUCCUUUGAACAGUCACAGUGCAGAAGGAGAUGUCAUUGCACUAAUAAGAGUCUUUCAACAACAUGCCAGAGACCUUAUGCACUGGAUGGAUUCAAAUGCAACGCAAUUUAAUAGCAUUAGAGCAAUGUACAAAGGAAAUGGGAAGUGUGCGUCUAUUUCCAAAACACUUUGGAAUCUUCAUUAUCCCAGUUCUUUACAGGUGCAGCCACCUCGGCGGAGGCUAGCAACAGCAUAUUCUUUUCCAGUAGGUGAUGACGAAGCAUCCUUGAAAGAAAACAUUGCUAAGGAAGAGUGUGACCAGUGCAGGCCACUCAGGAAUGCUGAUAUUCCUGAUGAAAUUAAGAAUAUGUUGCUGUGUUUUCUUGGAUUAGCAAUACUCACAUGGAUUGUACUCAGAAAUCCUGUGUAAACUCAAAAUGUACUUUGGUUUUCGCAUACAGUUAAGUCUCACAAAAGUUGCAAAAUGAUAUUUUCCAG